AUGCGGCAGGGAGGCUGCGUGGAGGCGGGCCGACGCAGAGGUCAGUGCGAGUUACCCACAACGCGCGGCCCUGACACGGUGACCAUAUUCCCGGCCUGGCGAAACACAAAGGAGCAUAGAAACUCGUUUUGUUUUGACGUCAUAUGGCGUAUCCAGCAGACCAUGCUGUCGCAUUUACUUUGGGAGUUCAACGAAACAAAACUUCGAAGCACGGAA